AUGGACGGGAUUGCGAAAGAGAACACCACGGCAGCCAAUCAGGCUUGGAGAAGAAAGCCUCGGAAGUUUGCUCCCAAGUCAAGACUGGGCUGUCGCGUCUGUGAUGGCUACGGCGAAGUGCCCCUCGAGAUUGAGUCAGCUCAUCCUCACGGCAUGACCAAUGGUGCAGAUAGAGGAACCACGAUCAGUGCGAAUCAUACAGAAGGGUGUCAUGCGAAAUACCAUGGCCUCAUAUCGCAGAAUCUCAGACCCUUGAUGAUCUUACCAGUGACCGGAUCAGGCCAAACAGAGGCCAUGGGGGUUUUUGAGUAUAUCUCGAUCAGGCAUCUGAAUGAAUAUCGCCCCAGUGAAUCAUGGCGGAAAAGCCUCAUGUUCUUCUCCCAAACGGUACCGUCAGUGCGGUAUGCUGCUAUCGCAUUGGCCUUGGCCAACCGAAACUACCUGAAUCGCGAUCCUAGCGAAGUUCCCCUGCUGUACUAUAACCGAGCUAUCCAACUUCUUCUGAACCAGGAGAGUGGAGACAGCGACGAUACGACAGCCAUUACACUGUUGGUCUGUUAUCUCUUCAUCUGCUUCGAUCAGCUGGCAGGCAACUACGUACAAGCAAUGAAGCACCUUCGCGGAGGUGUUGAACUGUCACGAAAUAUUCACAAGACUAUACUGAAUCACAGCAAUACACAUAACGAUACCAAGGCCUCAGGGGCUCACGCGCUCAUCUGCCAGGUCACAAGACAGAUCUGUCGUCUCGACAUGCAGGCCGUAACGUUUCUGGUUGACUGGACUCCCGCCGAGAUCCAAGAAACACUCAUAUCGCACCUUGCUGCACACCCAAACAGUGCCUUUCAGUCUCUCGACCAAGCCGCUGACCACCUACAGAGCCUCGUCGCUCGAGUAAUGAGUCUCCGCAAUACGGUGCAGCAAAUGCCCUCAACGGGUACCAUGUGCUUGCCACCUUCAUCAAACAGGGAUACACUUCUCGGGCAGUUGGGAACGUGGUCGACUCUCUUCGAAAACAUGCUGCUGCAACAUGGCAGCUCCGACGAGACAGAUUCUGAGACUUAUCCGCUCAUCACACUGCUACGCCUACAAUAUACCAUCGCAUGGACUCUGCUCAGUAGCUCCGGACCUAGUAGGGAAAUGGAAUACGACAACUUCCUGCCUCAGUUCCGACAAUGCGUAGCGUUAGCAGGUGACUUCGCGGCAGCGCAUGAGCGAUAUUCGGGGUCGUUGAAGCCGACAUUCACGCCGGAAAUUGGAAUCGUCCCUGUGCUUUACAUCAUCGGGGCCAAAUGCCGGCAUCCUGUGGUCCGGCGCGAGGCCUUGGAUGUUCUGAGGCGGCAACCGAUCCGGGAGGCGGUAUGGGAUAGCCUCGUCGUUGCCAGGGUAGUUGAAAGGGUAAUAGAGAUUGAGGAGGGUGGGAUCGCGGAGUGGGAGAUGACACAGAGAAUGGAGCAGAUUGCUGUGUGGCAGAGGAUCGAGGAGGUGUCUUGGGUACAUGUCGUUGGUGGACAGUCUGCGGGCAGAGUAGACAUUACGUAUACGUUCUGCGCACGGGAGGAACCGCAUGUUGAGUCUCUCAUGAUAUACUAA